AUGGUAGUGACUCAGGGGUUCUGUGACCUCACGCUGAUGGUCCCCCUCAUCUGGGCUGAAUUGUCUCUGCCCUGUAACGUGAGGCAGCUGUACGCGUUGGUGUGCGAGACGCAGCGCUACUCGGCCGUGCUGGACGCCGUCAUCGCCAGCGCGGGACUCCUCCGCGCCGAGAAGAAGCUGCGGCCGCACGUGGCCAAGGUACUUGUGUACGAGCUGCUGCUGGGACAGGGCUUUCAAAGGGGUGGGGGCCGCUGGAAGCCACUGCUGGCCAGGCACCAGGCAAGGCUCAAGGCUGAGUUGGCCCGGCUGAAGGUUCAGCGAGGGGUGAGCCGGAAUGAGGACCUGUUGGAACUGGGAUCCAAUCCUGGUUCAGCCCUCCAGAUGCCUCGGUUUGUGCGGGUGAACACCCUCAAGACCUGCAUUGAUGAUGCCAUUGAUUACCUCAAGAGACAGGGCUUCUCGUACCAGGGACGGGCUUCCAGCCUGGAGGACUUGAGGGCCCUCAAGGGGAAACACUUCCUGCUGGACCCCUUACUGCCAGAGCUGCUGGUAUUCCCCUCACACACGGACCUGCACGAGCACCCGCUAUACCAGGCCGGCCACCUCAUCCUGCAAGACAAGGCCAGCUGCCUCCCAGCCAUGCUGCUGGCCCCGCCGCCGGGCGCCCAUGUCAUCGAUGCAUGUGCUGCCCCGGGCAACAAGACUAGCCACUUGGCUGCACUUCUUAAGAAUCAAGGGAAGAUCUUUGCCUUUGACUUGGAUGCCAAGCGGCUGGCCUCAAUGGCUACUCUGCUGGCCCGGGCGGGCGUCUCCUGCUGUGAGUUAGCCGAGAGAGACUUCCUGGCCGUCUCCCCGUCCGACCAGCGGUACCGCCAGGUCCAGUACAUUCUGCUGGACCCCUCCUGCAGUGGCUCCGGUAUGGUGGCCCGACAGCUGGAGGAGCCCGGGGCUGGCCUGCCCAGCAAGGAGCGCUUGCAGGCCCUGGCAGGGUUCCAGCAGCGAGCCCUGUGCCACGCCCUCACCUUCCCUGCCCUGCAGCGCCUCGUCUACUCCACGUGCUCCCUGUGCCAGGAAGAGAACGAGGACGUGGUGCAAGAGGCUUUGCAGAAGAGCCCCGGGGCCUUCAGGCUGGUGCCUGUCCUGCCCUCCUGGCCACACCGAGGCCUGGGCACCUUUCCAGGUGCCGAACACUGCCUCCGGGCCUCCCCUGAGACCACGCUCACCGGAGGCUUCUUCAUAGCAGUCCUGGAACGGGUGGAGGUGUUGAGCUCUACCUCUCCCACCAAGACACCAGAGCAGCCACGCACAGCAGCUUCAGCCCUCAAGAGGAAGAGAAAGCGGCGGCAGAAGCCAGCAGCCUGUGCCAGUGUGCGGCCUGGCAUGUAACUCGGCCCGAGCGGCCAGCGGAGACUGUUCCUGCCGCAGGAGGCCGCGCCUGCCCCAUCCUUGCGGCCUCUCCCCAUCCAGAUGAUGACGCCCACAGAAAUACAGCAGCACAGCAUGGUCCAUGGUGGGUCACAGCUUUUAUUCAUAAUGACAUAAGCAAGGGGAAACUGUGGUCACUAAAAAUUUCAACUACA